GCUGUUUGCGGUUGGCACAGCUUGUUGCCAGUGAAAGUGCUGCAAAGCUGGUACUUUCAGAUGUGGGAAUGGCAAGAUGCCACGUGGCACCGUCUGAACAGCAAAGACGCAAAAAUCCUGGAGAAGGCCUACUUGCAGGACCCCUCGGGAUGUUGGCCCUUGACUUUGGGACCCCAUGAGUCCUGCUAUCAAGUGGACUUCUUCGCAAUGAAACAACGUAGCCGCAAUGGACGUGUGAGGAACCUCCGGCGUAAGGAGGUUGCGGAGAUCCAUGUGGAACCACCUGAAGUCGUGGAAGCACCGGCACAGGCGAUUCCUGACGUGCUGCAAGCCGACAUGGGGCCUCCGCAGGAGAUCCUCCCGGCAGAGUUGCUGCUGCCUCCUGUGCAGGACUGGAGCCAGAAGGAGGCGAUGGAGGCCCUUGGCCAAGCCGAAGCGCUGGUGGAAGCCUGUCAGGCGCCAGUUAUUUCGGAGGAAGUCGUGCCGCCCGAGGCAUGGCAGGUGCCUAGCGACUUCGGCAGCCUCCAAUCCUUGCAGAGGUCCGUUGCCCUCGGCCGCGUGGUCCUGGUGAAAGGUUCCUGGCUGGCUUUGGCCUUCGAACCCUUCAGCUUGGGUUUGGCGGACUUGCCCACGCGAGCCACCUUGCCACCAGAGGCCAUUUGGACUCAGAUGGACUCCCUGGACGAGGCCUCGGCCGCCGAGCGCCUCGUGGUGCUGUCCGCGGAAGCUGCGGCGCAGGAGAGCGCUGGCAGUCUCUCGCGGCAGUUGGGCCGGGCCAACCGUUUUUUCGGUGACGGCGACGUCAAGUCGAAGGAGGAACGGGGAGUCUUCUUGGAUUGUUGCACUCUCUACCUGGAUCACAGUGAAGAGCAGAUCUCGCAGUGGCGUGAUACUUGCGAAUGGCUGUCCUCUCCCUUCACCACCAAAUGGCUCCUCAGCGACGGAGACAGCGUUUCUGGCGUCGACAGCGGCGUUUCUGGGCGGCGGUGCUGGGAACGGCAUUUGGCUUCGCUGCAACGGAGCGGCAGAGGCGUUUUUCAGGUGGAGUUCAAUACCGAGCUGGUGCCACUCUUGACCACUCCCCAGGUGACCCCCGAAGCCUUGGAGUCUUUACUCGAAGAGAAGAGCUUCCAACGACCUGAAGACUUGGAGAUUGCUAAGGCCUUGUAUCGUGAAGCCUUUCAUCGCAUGGCGCGGUCCCUGGAAGUCAUGGACUGCAGCGGCUUGGACUGGGACGACUUCCAUAUGCUGCAGCUGGCGGAGGUCUUGAUCCACUGUAAGAGCCUGGUGAAGCUCAUCUUGGCGGAGAAUCGCCUUGGCGAUUUUGGCCUCGAAGCGUUGGCAUCCCGCUUGCCCGAGACCUUGGAGAUCUUGGACUUCUCCGGGAACUGCUUGGGGGAUGAAGGGCUGAAGCACCUGGCGCGGCACCUGCCACCGAGGUUGCGACAACUAUGUCUAAGCUCCAAUAAUUUCGGAGAGCCAGGUUUGGGGGCAUUGGUGGAGACCCUGCCAGACUGUUUGCAGCUGAGCAGUUUGCGCCUGGCCAGGGUGCCAUUGGCGGGUGCCUCCCUGUCACGACUGGUCGGCUUGAAGGCCUUACGGCACCUCUGCCUCAAUGAGGCGCAUUUGGGAUGCGAAGGUGUGCUCCAUUUGACCCUUCCAACGUCUUUGGAGGAGCUGCUCCUGGAUGGCAACAGCUUGGGCGACGCCGGGCUGCGCAUGUUGACACCCAAGUUGCCCAGUAGCUUACAGCUGCUGUCGCUCAGUGACAAUGGUCUUCGAGAUGCAGGGCUGAGGGCUUUAGCGCCGUCCACACGAAGUUUGCGCACCCUAAGGGUGAACUCAAAUCACUUCACGACUCAGGCCUUACAAGAGCUGGGCCUUUCAUCACCCGAGACAAAGAUCUUGGCCAUGAACCAACGGCCGUAGCGGGCGAAAACAUGUAAACAUGUGCUAACCAACUCUGGAUGAG